GUUCUUUGGUCAGCGAGUCUAUGGAUUAGAAAAUGGAUGUUGUGGGUCCCAGCGGUGUGUUUGGGAGACGAUAGUUUAUGUUUUACGGAGUGUGUGAGGGGUCAACUAGUCAAUUACUGAGUCCAUUUUUGGCAAGUGAAUGAGUGGGUGGUUCUGGUUGGCAACUACCGUGGACGGCAAUGUGUAAUACCACCACAUACGAUGGCAAAUCUUCAGGCGCAAGCGACGCGAGUCUUGUUUCUCGAUGGACAGGCAAUAAUAUUGCAAAACGAAGCAGGAGACAAUGCCUUCGGCGACCUAAACGCCGAACUGUUGCAACAGGCUUUACAAAGUGUCGGUGUAACACAGUCCGUCGAUGACGGUGGCGCUGACACCGCGGUAGCCGCGGACGCUAGCUUUGUUGUUCCAACGAAUGAGGCAACAGCGGUGGAGGUGACUGAAGCACUUCCUACCACUCUGGAAGCAGGCGGUGCCAGUAAUUUCAGGCUGAUUUUCCAGAACGAUGAGGAAUCCCAGGGAGCUGUGCGAUUCAUGACCGAAGAUGCUGAAGCUUUGGGCCUUAAAAUAUUUGUCGAUGGAAGUGAAGUGAAACAAGAGCAACAUCAACACGCUCAACAAGAUGUGCAGACAAACAGUUUGACCGUGAGUGAGAAUCAGGAACAACACUCAGAGCAUGAGCAGCAACAGGUGGUGUUCACUACCCCGUCUGGUGAAGUUGCUGCUGUAGUGCCUUCGUUUGAAGGUUGUGAAGUCAAAGAAGAUGAUGGAACGACUGCCCAGUUCCAGUCUGCAGCUGAUGCGCUGGGAGCCCUUGUUGGUGCAACAACUGCUGGAGAAACAGUGUCGAUGGACCAAUCAGUCACACUAGUGCCGCAGUUGAUAGAUGGGUGUGUGUCAUAUGCCGUGCAGUUUGCUAACGGAGAGGAUGAAUCUGCAGAUGUCGGCAGUACUGAGCAGCAGGAGGCGACAAUGGAAACCUCGUGUGCCUUCUCUUCACCCACAGAAUUUGCCGUGUCAGUGACAACGGCACCCGAAACUAAUCAGGAACAGCUGCCCCCACUUCCUGUACUUUCUUGUGUACGGGAACACAAGUCCUUACCAAUCGCGGCUAAGACUCAGGUCACCUCUAGGCCACAUGUGCCUGCGAGAAAGAUAGUGCCGGCUCAGAGUACACCAGGAUCUGGGCCCAAUCGUAUAAAGGUACACGUUGUCGGUGGCAAGGUGGUGACAGAGCCUGAAGCGCAGCAGCUCGUCACCAGGACUGCGCCGAACGUAGCUCGCAUAGCUGCCAACAACUUUGAUUCAGCCAAACCACUCGGCUCCAGUGAAAAUCCCAUACAACUUGUACAGCAUGGACAGACAUUCCACAGUGUGCAGGCUUUGACCCAAGAGCAGCUAAAGCAAAUUGCAACAGUUCUACAACAGCAGCACCUGGAUUCGGCACCUCGCACCAAAAAUGUUGUUUACGAUGCAGAGACCAAUACUCGUAUCAUCUACAGGGUGGUGUACCCAGAGGACCUGGACUUGUGCGAACCCAACUCUCCACCUUCAGGAGAUACUGCUCCGCGCCGCUUGCAGGGCAUCGGUGUGUCACAUUCAGUGCAGGGAAACAUUACUCUAUCGAAGGCCAUUGUUGACAAUGGGAGGCUGCAGCAGGUGACAGCACUGCGUGGUCGUGGUAGUGGACGCAGAGGCCGGCUCCCGGGCAGCCGCAACAAACGUCCUGCCGACUCAGCUGGACUGGGAGAAAUCAGGGUGAUUCAUGAUGAGGCCGAGGAGGCAGCCCGUUCCGAGCGCAAGAAGCAGUUGUUAUCGCGCACCCGCUCUGGUAGACUAUCUCGUCCACCGCGGCACAUGGUGAAAGACUACAAGCGGCUGCACAGGCUGGACUUCGCAGAUGCAGAUCUUGACGAUUCGGAUGGUGGCUACUCGGAUUACCAGAUGAGUGACCACGAGGAUGGAAAGGAGGGGGAAGGUGCCGGGGCUCUGGCGAAAGGGGGCACAGAGGUACCAGAUCCAGCGCUGCCUGCAGGUGCUCCUACAGUGACAGUUCCAAAGCGCAAGAUUUCUCCGCACUUCCGGUGCCCAGCCUGCCAGAAGAUAUAUCUGGGCCACAGUCGCAUGGCGCGACACCUUCAGGCAUUUCCUGAGCACGCGAAGUCUGUCCCGGUGGAUGAAGCCAAUUCGCCAGCUCCACCCACUGAUGACGGAGGAGGAGCGCAAGACAAGACAGGUGUAUCUGCAGCUGCACCCACUGCAGCUGCGGCCACUGCGCCGACACCAGCAUCGGCGCCUGCACCUGCGCCCGCGACUGCGACUGCGACUGCACCCACACCCGCAGCCACACCUGUGCCUGCAGUUCCUAACGGUGCAGUACCAACAGUGGUCAGACGUGUUGGCGCUCCUCCGGGCCCGCGGAAGAAGAAACGGCGUGGGCCGUGGGCGUACAUCACACCGGAGGCUCGAUCGCAGAGGCGGAAAGAGAAGCUGAGGGAGAUGCUGGUAACUUGUGAACCGGUAGAGGUCGCUGAGGUGUGUGGUCGCACUGUUUGUGGAUCACUUUCUCUACUGGAGCUGCUGUGGUUGCGGCUGGAAGCCGUUCAUGCCAACCGACUACUGGAGGAGCUUGCAGCACUGGUUGGAGAGGCACGGACCCUUCUCGGGUCUGCCCUGACCAAGGACGAGAGUGAUGACAAAACGGAAUCCAGUCUAGACGACGAGCAUGUGGAGGUUUGUGGUGAUGUGUUGUGUGUCGCAAUGGGUCUGGAAUGUGGACGAUACCGUGUGGAUACUUCGAAGCUGCGUCCUCCGCCGCAUCCCGAAGAGCCACCUCCAUCCAAUCCUGCCCCAGAGUCCAAUGUACCCAGCAGAGCUUCUGAAAACCUGCAAUCAGCAACAGAAGUUGAAGAUGCUGUACCCGGAGAGCCCAGAGAGAAGAAGCCAAGAAUAGAAGAUCUGAAGUUGGAGGCUGCAACAACCUCCCCGGACAGUGGGAGCAGCAGUGUUGGGAUGGAUUGCAGUAUGGCCGGCACUCCGUCAGAGACCAUGGUUGUUGACGACCCUAGUGAAUUGCGUGGUGAUAAGGAAGUGGCAGAUGAUGACACGCACGAACUGCGGCUCUGUCCACUAGAGGCACUCGGGCUGCAAGCACAGACCAACACACUUGAAGCUGUCAGAACUCCAGACAGUGGUGUGGCAAACCCUAAAGAGGACUCAUCACCAGCUUCAGCAGAGGCACCCCACACACCAACGGAACUGCCUCAUGUCGUAGUGGAACUUCCCACCACAUCUUCAGAGCUGCUGAACACACAGGCAGAGGCGCCUCACAUGAUGACAGAACUGCAGAAUGUGCAGGUGGAGCCACCUGGCACACCAGGGGAACUGCCCCAGAUGCCGACAGAGUUGUCAGUGCCUUGCACAGUAACGGAGGUGCCAGUGUCCCACCCACCACGCGACGACGCACUGCCGCCGCCGGAACUGUCCGUGUCCCGCAUGCCGGAAGAUCUACCUCACACCCCCACGCAGUUGUCUUCCACACCCCCAGAACCACCACCCGUACCGAGGGAGGAGUCCCAGAUGCCCGCGGGACAGCUCCACCACAGCACCGCACACCCUCUUGACGAGGACUUGUUGGACGGCCUCUGCUGCUCGGCAGAAGGUCAUCCCGAUGUGGCGGGCUCAGAAGAGGAUGCUGGCCGGCGGGCUGCCCUGCAGGCGGUGGAUGACAUAGUUCGCGAGCGGCUGGGUCUAGUGGACUUCCUCGACGUGAUCCCGCCACCGCACCCGUCCACGCGGGUCGAGCUCCCCGGGUUCGCGAGCUUGCAGGUGCCGCACCGUGCCGGAAGUGGAAGCGGCAUUCCCACGGCUCCACCCCCCACAUUCCUAGCACUGCCGGAUUUAGCAGAUCACAUAGAUCUAGAUGCUCUGGGAGAAGAACUGAGUUCCUCGGCACAUCCGGCUUCUGCUGCAAGUGGAGGUGAAGUUGUCGGAAGCUGAGAGUAAUGCCCCAGAAAAAGAGGGCUAUUUCUGAAGGACGAUGUUCGUGUACCUAACGUGUGAGACCCCAAAUGAAAUGUGAUUUGUGAUACCAACGAAUUUGUGAUUAGCAGUGACUUUCUGUUAUCCACCUCAAUACAACAAAAUAUUUUUAGCUGGCCAGUGUGCAAUGUUAUGAGCAACUUCAAUUCCUUUAUUGAUAAAUUCCAAGCAGCACUAAUUUAAAACAUAUCUAAUCAAUGAAAUGCUACAGUUUUGAUAUUGCCAAAAUUAAAAGGUAUGAGAUGGAUGCUUUGAGUGCAGUUUGUUACUACUCUUUUCACGAUCGGCACGGUCACAAUGAAUGAAGUGCUUUUUCACAACUGUUUUUCUGCUAGAAGCUUUUUCUAAUUAAAGCAAAUCAUUCCGCUUAGAAAUCAAAAAUGUUCUUCUUAUGGACAAAAAUGUACCAUUGGAUCAUGUUGCAUUUAAUGAACUGGGGUAUGCAUUUCCCUCUAUCACAAGCCAAAAUUUAUUUCACUUGUGUGCUCAACUUCUCACAGAUUUGCCUGACUGAUUAAAAACCUUUUAGCCAUUACCGGUUAACAAUGGCAUUGGCAUUGGCAUUGGCAUUUGCCAGAAAAGCAUUCUCGCCUGAAGUUCUGUUGAGAAUCUGCAGUGGGAAACUUAAUUGCUUGUUUGUUGAGAACUGAAUAGGCUUGAAAUGAUUGUAUUUCAUCAGUACAAAAGUAUUCUGUAUGUGUACUUACAAGGAUCUGUGUAUAACUACUCUUCCCUCUUGGAACUAUUUCCUCCCCUUUCUCCCUUGCUGUUGCCUUGUGAAAGUAAUGUUCUGAAAUCUGCUCUCUCUCUCUCUCUCUCUCUCUCUCUCUCUCUCUCUCUCUCUCUCUCUCUCUCUCACACACACACACACACACACACACACACACACACACACACACACACACACACACACACACACACACUCACUCACUCUCGCCCCCCCCCCCUCCCCCCCCUCCUUCAGUAUCCUACACAUGGAGCAAAAUUGCAAAUGCAGGUUUGCAGCUAUCACAGUUGCAGUGAGUCAGUACUGUCCAAAGAUAUUAUUUCUAUAAUGUGUAAAUACAAACUCCAGCUAGUAAAGCUGAACUAUUUGUGUAGUCUUUAUUAGUAAUAAAUAUGCAUUUAAAUAUGUGUAUAUAUAUAUGUAUAUAUAGUUAUGUCAUAUUUGGGAAUUAGUUGCAGUCUUAUCUGUUCACAGCUGCUAAUAUGAGAUGAUACGCUGCAAUAAUGGUUAUUUUUUGCCACUUUAUACUCAUUGCACUGGUAUUUUUAAUAAUUAUUUGGAAGCAGUCUACCUCUCAUAAGUGAGAUAGGUAGCAGUACCUGUGAAAGAAGUCAGUUUUUUUGUUUUUUGUUUUUUCAUAACUCCAGAUUAAUCACUUUUUCAUUUUUAUGUCAGCCAGCAGCUCUCCAGAUGAACAAUAGACGUAAUUGUAUCAGUUGCAGUUUGAAUUAACAUGUUUGUGCAACCUCUGGGUUCCUCGAUGGAUAGUUUCAUCUUUCGUCUGCUUGAUGUAUUUUUACUAAAAUGUGCAACUGAUAAGACAACACUCUGUCCUACGUGUUCAUGCAAAGACACUUUGUAUAUGUGUCACUGUUGUAUUUUUCUGUGAGGGAGUUUGUGUGAGUGUUUUUGUCUGAGGAUUAUUUUUUACUAAAUGUGUACCAGAAGAUAGUGGUUAUCCAUACGUCACCUUUGAAUAUUUAUACAGUAAGUAGACCAUUACUUUCGUUGUGUUCCCUGCAAUUUUGUACUUAGCCAGAGAGCCCUAACUGCUCUGCUAAGUCAGUGAUGACUGAGGUCUUUGUACUCUGUACUGGAUAAUUUUUCUAGGUAGGAAAACAGUUCCUACUUAUCUGUACCUGAUUAUAAUAAGAGGAAUAUUGGCUGUUAAUUCCACACUAAGUUUCACCAUAUUUCUUAUUUGAUUUAGUACUUGUGAUACGAUGUCAACAGUGAUAACACUUUUUAUAAUUAGUGUUAAGUUUGCAGUUGUGUGAUGACUGUGCUACCUAUUUUCAGAAAGAAUAUAAAAAUAAAAAGUGUAAUAUUUCACCUUAUACAUAUUGUUUCCAGGCUGUUGACCUCAGUCCAGAUUACAGUAUUAAUUGGAAAACAAAUUGUAAUAGGUUGUGAGAUUACAUUUUGGAAAACAAAUUGUAAUAGGCUGUGAAAUUACCUUAACUGCACAGUAGUUGUGAGAAUGAAAGUUUAGUUCCUAAUUCAAGAGACAUGUUCGCAGGUUUGUGAAGGGUCGCGUAACUUCUAAAAUCUUGUUGAGUGGUCUGUUUUAAAAUCUGAAACUACUAGUGCCUUUAUUUGUUAAUAUUCACAGAUGCAGUAAUGGAGCACAUGGUGGAUAUUUUAGACAUUUCUUAUAAAAGGGAAGUCAAAAGAAAUAAUCCAUCUUAUUAGUCUUUGUAGGAAUUUUUUUUUUUUUUUGUCAUUAAUAUAUUGAAAGUGGACGGUAUGGAGUGACGCUGUUCUUAGAUUGUCUUCAUACAUACUGGUAGGUCUGUAUUUUGGACUCUUGAUGGCCCUGGGCAAAAAGAUCUCUGCUUGCCCCUCCACCCCCCUUCCCUCCACCCACCCCUUCCUUCAUCCUCUGCCCCACGGACUUGAAAUACAGAUAUUUAUUAGUCUGCCUAAUGUGGGCAUGUUUUUUGUCUGCGUAAUACUUUGAGCUGCAAAUUUAAAACCGUGCUUUUUUGAAGUUACAAGUAAAAAAAUGUAAUAAAGUGUUGGACAAUAAAUAUAAAUGCAAAUACUGCUA